AUGUCUUUGCCCGUCGCCGUCCAGUCGGCCGUCUUCUAUUUCCUCGCCUGCACACCAUGCUCCAAAGUCCGUCACCGACAAAAGGCCAAGGCCCAGGCGAAGAAGGAGAGGGAAGACAAGGCCAAGUUGGAGACGGAACAGCCCGGCUUGUACCGGCAUCCCUCACCAUUCAACACGAACCCAUACUGGCAGGAGGAAAUCAGCAUGGGUCCGAGCUUGCCAAAAAAAUCCAUAAGCAAGAAUUCCAGUCAACGGGGGUUAACUAGUUCGGGCAGGGAAAGUGUGGCACCUAGCAUGUCUGAUCACACAAAUAUUGGUGAUAGUCGAACGCAUUUCGGUGAUAGUACGACGGCGAUGCCGCAGGAUGACACCUUGUCCGAGGAUUGGAAUCGGCGGCGAGGAUAUCAACGCGAAGACGAGGAACUUUGGGGCCAGUGGUCUGGCCCAGGACCGGCCGGAUCAGGACAUAAGUUGAUGGACGCCUUUUCGAAAGCUCGCGACUCUGCCGGAAGAUUAAUCGAGUCUACCUUGGGAAUUGAAAAGGAAGUAACGGAACAGGAACGCCGCGAUUUUUAUCUGUCUCCCAAGAACCCCCCUGUUAAUGAUUAUCAUCCACCCGUGGUCAGCAGCAAACCUCCCCACAAGGAUGCCCGCAAAUGGAUGCUGCAACCUCCCCCACCAGCCAAGAUUAUGGAAGGCAAGGUUCCCGUCUCGCGUGCUGUCAGUUCCGGAAGCAAGUCAAGUGCGAGGACAUUGGUAGGAGACGAAGGCAACUUGGGCCGCAGGUUGCAUGAGAGGAUGGCCAAGGAGAGAAUCAGAAAGGAGAGCAACCCGACUGAAGUCGAGCUUAUUGAGUCUCUCUUCAUCACCCGCAGUAGCCUGUCAGUGGGCCAUACCCAGAGCCGCAGCCUCUCAUUCAACGACUCCGACGAUUCCAUUGACAACCCCUUUGAGCGGCGCCGCAGUCGUCGACGUAUGCCUGUGGUCGAAUCUGAUGCUGACGAGGAUGCUGUUCCGUCAGUACAAAUAUCCAAAACGGUCAGCCACACCAGCAGCACGCUGGGGCAUGUUGCUCAGAGACCGAAGCUGGAAACGAUACCCAGCACAGACGGGAGUGGCAACCCUCGAACGCUAUCAAAAAGGUCUAAGCGGUCAAAGUCCACCAGAACUAAAACAAACAUCUGGGUAGAUUCUCCGGUAGGAGAUGACACGGACUAA